UUCUGGUCCUCUGAAACUCACCGUCAGUGCCGAGAAUGGAUGUGAAGUUCGAGGUUUUGUUGUCGUCCAGCAUCAAGCGCCGCAAGCCGUGGCCCAGAUUCUGCUGGCUUGGCCGGGAAAAAGAGGGUGUUUUUCUGUUAGAUGACAGUCGGAUUAGUGAAGUACAUUUGCUUUCGGGACGGACCAAAAAGAAGAUCCCAAAACUUCAGCCGCUGUUGCAGAGGGUGGUGUCCAUGUCAGCGUCUCAGAACGGCGUGUGGCUGGUGGGUCUGCUGGUCUCUGGAGAACUCUUCCUGUGGAACAAAGACAAGGAUUUGCUAAAAACGGUCUCAGCAGUUCCUGCGGUUCAUCAGCUGGUUUCUUCCAUCAAAGGUCCUGCGACUACACUAGGACUUUCUCUGCUGGUUUCGGAGAAUGCGCAGAGAGUUUUCCUGGCCGCUCUCACAGGACAGGUGUUCCUCUGGGAGUGUACGACACCUCAGGAUCUAAGCGGCCCGCGGGACGCCACCAUCACGGGACGAUGGAGUCACAUAUCAUGCCAUGAAAACACUCAACUGCCCUCAGUAAAGGACAAAGAGGCUUCCGUUCAUAGUGUGUUUGUGAAGAACCAGGCAGUCGGUGACGCGUGUCUGAGCGCGUUUGUGUUCACUGCUGACGGGACGCUCACCGUCACCUUGCUGAAAAUCCAGUGGGACUCGACAUGGGAAAACAAACUCAGUUCAGCAGGUUUCAGUGUUCACUGGUCCUCUAAGUGUUUCCCGUUCAACCAGCUCCUGCCUCCAUGUAAACAGGUGAAAUCCAGAGGGUCUCUGGUUCCAGCGUUCUCUCCAGAUGCUCAGCUAUUAGCAGUAGUCCUGAACCAGAAAGACCCGAGGGCCACACAGGUGUUGUUCAUCAGCACUCAGAACUUCGUGACGGUUUCCAGCCUGUUAGGAGGAUGUGGCGUUAAGACGCUCAUUAUUCCAGCUAAAUAUGUCAGGUCGUACUGGGUGUGUUCUGUCAGCUGGACACCGGAAGGGCUUUAUCUGGCCUGUGUGCUCAAGAGAGGCUCUCUGCUCAUGCUGGCUCGUCUGGGGGGACUCGUGUCUCUGUCCACCACAGGAUGUAGUGUUGAGUUCGGCGCCGCCCACUUCCUGCCUCUUCACCCACUCGUCACCUACAGAGCUCCGGUGCCUUUGCAGACACAAGAUGGCGGCCUGUCCAGCUCGAGCGUGUCGCUCCGUGACCCCAUGAGACAGCGGUUCUCCGUGACCUGUCAUCCUCGCCAGCCGCUCCUCAUCGUGUCCGACGGGUACAUGAUAACUGUGCUCAGGAUGAGCAAACGCCCGUCCGCUGUCGGGAUCAUGAGCGCCCUCCUGCUGGACGCUGCUCGAGGACUGGAGAACAUACGCGAGGUCCUGGGCUCAUCUCAGCCUCAGGUCAGGUCUAGGCUGGAGUCCAUGUCCACUCUGACGUUCACUGGAAGUCUUCUGGCUCUGAAAGAGAAAGAAAUCCCUCUGUCCACACUACCGCUCUACCUGCAAGGUACAGGAGACCUCACACAGUGUACUGAGACAGCUCAGGAUGAGGAAGAUCAUGACUCUGAUGAAGACCCGUACGCCUGCUCACACAUGCAAGAUGGAGGCAAGCUUGAGUUUGCGUCGAUGUUUGACACUCUUCAUGCUCAGGCACAAGCAGAUCCAGAGUCCACGUCCUCAGAUCUGCCGGAGGAUCUGAACCGGGUUCACAAGAACCUUCUGAGAGCCUGGGCUCUGGCCGUUUCUCUGGGUGGGUCCAUGGAGCAGAGAGAGCGUCUCCUCAAAUACACAAUCCUGUGCGUCGUUCGCCUCGUAAAGCUUCUCAGGGUCAGCGACUCGAAGAGUGCGAGCACAUGGCUCACACACGCCCUUCACACACUCAGAGCUCUCCUGUCGUUUCUGCCGUGGGACGCCACACACUCCUCAGGCAGGGGCUGUCUAGGCGUCACAGUGGAGCUCACUAGAUGUUUCGUAGACCUUUUCGUCCCGCUUUCAUCAUCAGGUGUAGCACUUUCCUCACAGAACUUCAGCGCAGCGCUCUUCGUCCUUCAGCAAGCGUCUCGGAGCGUGGAUCGGGCCUACAGCCUCCCGUCGAGAGCAUUGCAUCAUGGGGAGGAUGGCCAGCGAACAUAUUCCUCUGACAUGUUUUCUGUUCCGAUAUUACAAGAAGACACUGAGACAGUAACACAGACUGCACGACAACAACCUUCUAAUAGAUUGGUGGUUAUUUGGCGUGAGCUGUACAGAUUGGCUUUGCGGUACCAGGAGGAGUUACGCCACCAAAGAGGUCAAGGGGUCGUAAAACACGAGUUGGAGAAGAUGUCCGUUAUUAUAGCUCAAGUCCAGCAAGCUUUACAGUCUGCUGGAGAUCGUCUUGAGGAGAGCCACACAUUGCGUAGUUUCACCGGGGAACAGCACUUUAUUUUAGGUGAAUAUGCGGAGAGUGUUCAGAUUUGGAGGGCUGAAUUAUGGGCAGAGAGAGAGAAAGCAGGUCCAAUGACGUGUUACCUGGAGACACGCCACUGUCUGGCUCUUCUGUACGCGCAGCUGUUUCAGUAUCGACUGCGAGAGGCUCAAGGUCUCUGUGACCGUCUGGCACAUCAACUACAGUCGCGUGCAGGACGAGAGGAAGAGGACAUGCCAGGAGGGGCUGAUGAGUCUGUGUGUGAGUGCUGGCUCUCGGGGCCGGUGGGGCGUGAAGCGGCCUGCGCAGUGGUUCAGUCUCUGGGCAGGUUUAUGGCUGCGUACUUCACCAAUCGCCCGCUCUGCAUCCUCCCGCCACACAAUGUGGACUUGCUGCCGCCUCUUCACUUACCAAACAACACAGGUGUGCGUGUGGUGGAGUUGUCUCAGGCUCGUGCAGCGGUGGCGGUUCGCUUCGAUCAGCUGUCGGAGGUGUGGACGGUGGAUUACGCUCUAGAGCUCCUCCUGCUGGGCGGGCUGAUCCCUGAGGCCGUGUGGAUGGCACAGCAUCUGGGAGACUGGAAGAUGGCCGCCACCCUCGGCCUGGCGUACACCAACUACUGCAGUGGCCAUUUAGACUUCAGCAGCCUGCAGUGGAGAGAGCUGCACCUUCCCACCGAGCUGAAGCCUGCAGGGAUAUUCCACGAUCAGCUGGAGAAGUUACUGGGUCGAAUGCUUGGGUCUGAAGGGGAUGAUAACAAAGACGCAGUGAGUGUUGAGGACGUGGAUCUGCUUCAAGUCUCAGUGCAGGAGAUCCUGAGGGCGUCCGUCAUGGCGGAGGUGAACGUCGUCUCUCAGCCUUUAACACGACUGAUGAACGCAGCCAAAGAGCGAGCGACAUCACUUCCUGCGCUGGUUCCUCCUGCGUUUUACCUGCCCGCUCCUCCUCUGUACUGUCCACAGCCUUCACCAAACACACAGGACUCUGUGAGAGAUCCAGCUCUGGUUCUGGAGACUGAGACUCGCUGUGGGAUUUCUGGGCUGGUUCAGAAGGUUCUGAUGAUCUUCAGGGCGGCACACGGUUCUCUGCCCGCCGCGCAGUGGUACAUCAGCAGCCUGCAUCGCUGCAGACACUUACUGAACAAGAUCCAGAAGAAAGUGUCCGAACCCAAAGCCGAAUUGAUUCCUGAUGGACUGAAAAAAUUCUUCACUCAUCGUGGGUUCUUCCAGUCAGGGCCCAGCAAAGACAUGGAUGGUGUCACCACGCACAUGAUAACAUGUUUCCGUGAGUUGUGUGCGCUUUGCUGGAUGCUCCAUGUGAGGGACCAGCUCACUAUUACCUGUCGAAGGUACCAGACUGCAAGAAAACGGGAGAAAGACACUCAGGUCAGUGACUUGAGUGUGUCAGAUGUGUGUGUUGAGGCUCUGUGUUGGGCUCGCCGACUCCUGCCGUUCUGCCGGUUCAUGAACGCAGAGGAAGCCCUGCAGGACUUAGUGCUCAGCCUGGUGUCCGAACUGCCACCCAGUCAUGUGACAGCAGAAACUCUAGCGAGAGUGUUUCCUGACGAGAGCGAGUCUGUUCGCGUGCCGCUGCGGGAGAAGUACACGUCACUGGUGCAGAGACUGAGACCCGUGGUGGUGCCAGACACCUCGACAACAGAUGUGCCUCCAGGAACUGAGAGGGAAGAUGAGGGCGAUACCGUGAUGAUUCUGAUCCAGGAUCAGCUGAGGCAGCGACGCCGGGAGCUUCGGCGCCUGGAAAAGUAUCUGGGAGCAGCGGAGCCGUACUUGUGGGAGAGAGAGGAGGAGGAGGACAGGGGAGCCGCCGUCUCCAUACUGAGGAGACUCUCUCUCGGGACCAGUUUGAGUGACAGCACACUGACCGACGGUGGACGCCCCCUGGUGUACAGUGAAGGAGACACGGCCGAGACGUUGUCAGAGACUCUUCCCCCAGAACCGCAGACCCAAUCUGCACACAGCUCUAAGACAGCAAAGUUUCAUGAUGCACCUGAGAAAUCAAAACAAGACAGAAAAGGAAACGUGGAACCCAAAGAGCCAGAGUCGAGCCGUGUGGGUUCUUCUGCACCGACAGUGGGAACCUGGGAGUUUGAGUUGGAGGAUGACGAGUACAUGCUCUUCCUAGAUUUGUUCCUCAGUUAUGUUCUGGGAAAGGACAGAUUAGACGCUGAGGAGUCCGAGCUUCCUUUACUGAGUAGUUUCUCACAACGUUUUCAUGCUAGAGAGCUGCACUCGGUGACCUUUGACAUGUUGACGUCUCUCAAACGCCGUCAGAAGGAUGGACGUAAGCGAGGCGCACGUUUGCCCCUGUUUCGUGCCGGUCACUGUUUCCAGAGUCUCCCGGUCUCUCCCGAAGCUUCACCGGUUCAGGACACUCACGAUACCACGUCUCCUUGGACUCUUCCUGGAAUCCAAGCUGGGAGGCAUCAAGGUCUUUUCAGCCGUCGUCGACACCAUACGUCAAUAUCCAAAGUGAAUCGGACCGGGUCAGAUGUCGGCUCCACGGGAUUUAGGAUCCUCUCUCCGGAUGAAUUGGGUGUUCAGAUGCAGUUGGACUCCUCGAUGGAGAUCCGCUUUCCUCGACUGGCUCGGUUACUCGAGUGGAUGAUGCGCUGGGCCGACAGGCGGGUUCUGCUCUCUCAGCCAAUGGGAAAGAGGUCAGAGGGAAGUGAUGCGGUGGUCAUCAGGGUCAAAGGCUCGACCCCUGCGGUUCUGUGUGCACUGGAGCUGCUCGAGGAGAGAUACAGCGCCGCCCUUCUGGGAGAAGACACACAUCACUCCCAUUAUAAGCUGCUCCAUCAGAGGGCGGGGCCUGAGGCUCCGGUGCUGCAGCCAAUCACAGGCUGGGGGAGGGACCAAGACAGCAGUGUGGACACGCCCAUCACUCUCCACAGACACAGCCAUGCUGUGCGUGACCCCGAGGAUGUCGUGGAUCAAACAGAUGAUCAGCUGUCUGAACAUGAAGACACGAUGACCUCUGACCUACAGAAUAACGUCACUGAGAUCAGACAAACGACUGAGGCUGAAGACGUUGAUAGCAGUGCUGAUGAUGUCACCGAGGCAUCAUGGGCCAAUCAGAGCAGAGAUCAGACUAUCACACUGGCUGAUCUUGAGUGUCCCGACAUACACGAACAUUCACUACAUUCACAACCUGAGGUUUCUGCAUCCGUCAGUGUUCAGCAUGUAAACGGGCCGACAGACACACAUAUCAGAGGUCAUCCUCCUCACAGCGAAGCCCAAACACCACCAGACCCCGUCAGACAGCUGAUCCACGACGAGUUAUUCAGGCUAGUGCAGCUGCAGCAGAUCAACUUCAUGAGUCUCAUGCAGGUCGUCGGCGCGUCCUUUGUAAACCUGCCGCUGUCUCAACCCAGCAUGCAUCAGUCUAAUGUGAAUGUGCCACAGACCACUGCCAUACCUGCACAGCAUCCGCCUCAGCCUCAGCCCAUCUCUCUUACCCACAAUGCCCAGCACACUACAUGUGAUGAUACCAACCUCCCAACACGAGCUACCAGGCCUGAGAGGGUUAAUAAUGACGAACAUCCCGUGAAUGUGAAUUCUGGCUUGCCUCUGAAUCCAAAUAUUACCCUCAAAACUCAGGAAAUUCAUCAGUUGACCAUUCGCUCAGACUGGCCAGAGAACGGUCAAUCUCCCGGCCAGAGCUUCAUCCCGCCGUCACACGGGCUUCUAACCACAGCCAAUACUCACUCGGCAUUUAAUGGUGUUUCUGAAGCUCCAAAACCACACGGCCUCAGACUCCUCCAGCUAAACCCAUCUCAGAGAUCUCCUCCUCCUCCUCUUCCUCCUCCUCUUCCUCCUGUGAAGGAUUCCUGGGGUCCAGAUCCCCCAUCUGUCCCGAGGGUCGAGGAUCGUAACCGUACCCGAGCCGAAUCACACCGCUAUAACACACACACACAGGAAUCUCUUCGUCCUCACAGAUCUGUUGCUCUUCCUCUUCUGCGGUUUCACCCAGAGACCCAGAGAACCGUGACGUUGCCACGUAUCCCACAAUGCACCUUGGCAAAACCCAGUCUGGGCGUCACAGCCACGGGCCGCUAUCCCAGAAUUCAGCUUCUGCACAGAGAGCCCGAUCCACCCGCCGCUGAUGUGCGGUUGGACUCGGCUCCUGUACGAACUCCUCGUCUCAUCCCACUGGAGGAGCUGUUGAAGUGGACCAACGCCAAACACACCCAACUACAACUCUUAAACACACACACCGUCCCGGAGAACAAGCCCACGACGACCAGCCCGUCCAACAAGAGACGGAAGAGGAGAGAGGAGAAAAACAAGGAGGACCGGAUUGGAGUCACGUUCAGACCGGAGGACUCCAUCAUUCCUCCAGAUGAGCCUGCAGAAGAUGUGCCCGAUCACAGUGAUGCGCUCACCAUUCCUUUAGGCGUUGAGUGUGAGUUGAGUGGCCUGGCGUUGUUGGAUCAGGCGUACGUCACCUCGGCUGAGCUUCAUGCUUUCGCCUCCACACAGAAGAGACCGCCUGAGAUCCAGGACGCCUGUACAAACACUGACAACGAACUGCCUCGCUGCAUCACAGAUCCAGAUGUUUCUGUCCAGACUCAGUCUCCUCCCAGCAUGCCGUCUGCUCCUGAAGGCGGGCUGCUAGAUGUGGCUCCAGUCGUUCCUCCAGAUGUGUUCUUGAAUCUUCGCUUCUCUAAAGAUAACUCAUCAGACCAGCCGGAGACCACAAGCCUUGCAGAGUCUAGCGCAGAUCUCAAUCCUGAGGGCCGGAGGUUUAUUAAUGUGAUCGAUCUGACAGACGACUCUCUUCUUCAGAGUUUGCCUUCGUUUCCCCCGUCGUCUGCUGAGCUCCACCUACUAGCAGCUUCUGUCAUAAACCCCGCCUCUUCCGUGGCAAACCACGCCCCUAAACCUGCCUUAAACUCCGCCCCCAACAACACUGAGCACUUUACUGAGACUCCGAUUGGAGAGAUUCCAGGUGUGUGUGUGUCUCCUGAAGCUGUGCUGGGUGGAGACCCCGUGACUCUGAGCGAGCUGAAGGCCGUGAACAUGCCUGGUCUGGAGCGAGCGCUGAUGUCCAGGAGUCAGAUCUCCGCUCGGCUCUCAGAGAUGGACUCUCAGCUGCUCAGACUGCAGAGCAUCGCAGAUCACAUGGACAGAGAGUUCGCCAACACCAGACUGCUGGUGAACCGCGUCGAGACCCAGAGCCCCUCCGUGAAGAAGCCUCUCUCCAGCGCGCUCAGAGUCACACGAGAAGUGAGGAGUUACUGUCCUUCCCCGCAGCGGUUCGACCCGGACAGAGAAGAUGAGGAGUUUCUGUCGUCCUCUGUAUCGAGCCGAUGUUCAGUCCAUCAGGAGCGCUCUCCUCCUGAAGUGAAACCAGAGCAGCGUAAACGAGAUACGGAUCUAGGUUUGCCUGAGUCUCCGCUGGAGGAUGCUGGGAAUGGCGAGGAGACUCUCGGUGUGAGCGGCCUCAGUGACGUGAAGGACAUCUUGAGUGAGUUGAUCCGGGACGGGGCUUUAUCCCGAUCCGCGCUGGACCUGUCCCGACCAGCAGCGCCUCACAGGAGCAGGUCAGAGGUCAGUGCGAGCGGAGCCAUGAUGGAGGAGGAGCGCAGGGAUCUGAGGAUGUGGAUGAGGAGGAAACAGAGAGAACGACUGAUGGAAUACCGUAAACAGAGAGAAGAGAAGAGAGAGAGCGAGCGCAGACCCUUCGUCUCUCCUCUCACACACAAUCCAACCUCUGUAGAUCUGGCAACCAACAAGAAAAGCAAAGAAGAAAGAGACAGGACGGUUCUUCAGGAGCAUCAUGAACAGAGAGCUCGCGACGCCUGCAGUCUGAUCACUGACCUGCUCACCACACCACUGAACCUUCCCACAAUCCCCCACGACACGCUCAGGAGCAGAAGUCAAGCCUCUGGGAAAAACAAGAGGGUUCCCAAGAACCAGAGCGGCCCACACAGACGCUCGGCAUCUUCUCUGGGAAAGACUGUUGUGCUUCAGGGGAAAUCUGCGGGAAAAGCCCACGGCUCGCUAAACCAGAGGCUCGGGCUGCACAGACCAGCCAGUGAUCUUCCAGGCGAUCGGCUAUCCCAGGUCACUCGGCGUGGGAUGCUGUCCGACCUGAGACCCAGACAAGGGACGAAGAGCGCUCAUCAGAGUAUGCCAAUCAGAAUGAGGUUUAUAGACAAGUCAUAUAUGCAAAUAUACAACAUUCCUUCAUAUAUUCUCAUUUGUUCUUCUGUUGUGAUGAAAAAUGGGUUCCACACGCCUACAGCAAAACCGAGAGUAGUGAAAGAGAGAGAUCGGACGCAUGUGGAAGAAAGAGACGCAGAGAGUCCAGAUGAGCACAGGAUUCCUCUGUUGGAGGAUCAUGAUAUCAGACAGGCCGAUGAAUCGUUCAUAAACGCGGAUCAUCUGCGAGAUCUGGAUCUGGACUCUUUCUCUCAGAGCACCGGUAGCGUUCUGAGCAAACUGGACUGGGCCGCCAUCGAGAGGAUCGUGGCCGAGGACGAGCAGAACUGAAGAGGUGUUGCACACAGAACCGCCAGAUGUUGCGCAGCUGUUGACUGUGAAGGAUUGUGGUAUUCGUGUAUGUGUAUCAUUUGUGUCUUGACUGUUUGAGUAAGCUGUCGGCACAGAUUUGUGCGGAAUAAACAAGAAUCUCUCA